UCCUGCCUGUAAACAGGUGCUUUGCCUGCUGUUAGCAGGGGGGAUGUGGAAGAGAAAGCUGCAGAUCAGCAGGACUAGAUCCUUAGGCAGGAACCGCACGCCUCUGGCUGAAAAAACAGAAGUAUUAAGUGAAGAUCUACUACAGGUGGAGAAACGUCUGGAGCUGGUCAAGCAGGUUUCCCACAGCACACACAAGAAGUUGACCGCCUGUCUGCAGGGCCAGCAGGGCGUGGACGUGGACAAGAAGUCUGUCAGGUCGCCCUCGAAGAAGCUUCCUCUUACAACACUAGCACAAUGUUUGGUGGAGGGGGCGGCUGUGCUCGGGGACGAGUCUCUACUAGGGAAGAUGCUGAAGCUCUGCGGCGAGACGCAGGAAAAACUCGCUCACGAGCUCAUCUUGUUCGAGCUCACCAUCGAGAGGGACGUCGUCGACCCUCUCUACGACCUCGCGGAGGUGGAAAUCCCAAAUAUCCAGAAACAAAGGAAACAUUUAGCGAAGCUGGUCCUGGACAUGGACUCAGCGCGCACACGGUAUUAUCAGUCCACAAAGUCUUCAGGACUGUCCAGCAACCUGCAGCCAACGGGAGCCAAGGCCGACCACCUCAGGGAAGAGAUGGAGGAGGCAGCCAACCGCAUGGAGAUCUGUCGAGAUCAGCUAUCGGCAGACAUGUACAGUUUUGUGGCCAAAGAAAUGGACUAUGCAAGCUACUUCCAGACACUGAUAGAAGUCCAGGCAGAGUACCACAGGAAGUCAUUAGAGCUGCUUCAGAGUGUGCUGCCUCAGAUCAAAGCUCAUCAGGAGACCUGGGUGGAGAAGCCGUGCUACGGGAAACCAUUAGAGGAGCACUUAGCGCUCAGUGGGAGAGAUAUUGCCUUCCCCAUCGAGGCCUGUGUCACAAUGCUGCUGGAGUGUGGCAUGCAGGAGGAGGGUUUGUUCAGAAUCGCUCCGUCGGCCUCCAAACUGAAGAAGCUGAAGGCGUCUUUGGACUGCGGCGUGAUGGAUGUCCAGGAGUACUCUGCAGACCCUCACGCCAUCGCAGGGGCUUUGAAGUCCUACCUGCGGGAGCUCCCUGAGCCGUUAAUGACAUACGAGCUCUACAACGACUGGAUCCAGGCCUCCAACAUUCAAGAUCAAGACAAGAGACUGCAGGCUCUCCUCAACGCCUGUGAGAAACUACCCCCAGCCAACAACAACAACUUUAAGUAUUUGAUCAAAUUCCUCUCCAAACUGACUGAAGACCAGGAUGUGAACAAGAUGACGCCUGGAAACAUCGCUAUUGUCCUCGGACCGAACCUGCUGUGGAUGCACAACGAAGGAAACAUCCCAGAGAUGAUGACCACAGUUUCCCUGCAGAUCGUCGGCAUCAUCGAGCCCAUCAUCCAGCACGCCGACUGGUUCUUCCCUGGAGAAAUCGAGUUCAACGUCACAGGCAACUACGGAAGCCCGGUCCACACCAACCACAACUCCAACUACAGCUCGAUGCCGUCUCCGGACAUGGAGCAGAUGGAGCGGAAGCAGAACGACCAGAGUCGACGGCCGCUCAGCGUCGCCACGGACAACAUGAUGCUGGAGUUCUACAAGAAGGACGGCAUUAGGAAGAUACAAAGUCCAAGCAUCAUUAAAAGCAUAACAGUCCAUUGUCGCAAGGCCCUGCAAUGGAUGAGCUCGGAUGAUGCAUCCUCCAAUUGGUCGGACUCCGGUUACGCCUACCCCUCCCCUGAGGAGGAGAGGCCGCCUCCCCCUUACCCCUCUUCCUCAUCUUCCUCCUCCUCCUCCUCUUGCUCUUCCUACUCGCUCCCUCACCACCAUUUCUACACCCGAGCACCUCCGGGUAUGCGUCCAGUCGCUCCCAAUCCCGAAUCCGUGCCUCCCGGCCCGUCACCUCCCACCCGCCGCUGUGGCUACAGCCCACCCCCACCCCCACCCCCACACUCCCUCUGCCCGUCCCCUCAGCAGCUUGACGUCAACUCCAACCCCAAACCAAAUUCCUUGCACCUGCCCAAACAGGCCUCCCUGUCCGAUGCUUCGCAUGCCGCCCCGUCCGAAACGAAUGGCUCCACCCUUUACAUCAAACCCCCGCUCGUUCUUACUCGUCACGAUCUGUUCCUGGGCUCCCCCAAACCCCCCAACACCCCCCUAUCUGCUCCCCCUCCAUGGGCAGCCUGUGCCUGUAGCCGGGAGAGAGGAGCCAAGCUGACUAGUACUCUAAAGAACAAGGAGCUGUCUCCAGUGAUCGGACAGAAGGGACUCCAGGGGACGAUGACCUCUAGUGGACAGUCUGAUCACAGCCCACUCACCCUGAGGAGAGCUAAGAAGCUGGCCCCGAUCCCACCUAAAGCCCCGUACUGCCAGUCAGGAGCCAUGUCUGACCAGUCGACAGGUCAGCCGUCUCCUGUCAGCCUGUCGCCCACCCCUCCCAGCACGCCCUCCCCAUACAGCUUCAGCUACCCGCAGGGAUACGCCACCAUCGGCUCCCCGGGACAGAUCCAGAUGGCCACCACCCCGUGUCUCUCCUCUCCACCCUCGCUGGCCGGGACUCUCACCAAGACUCGGCCGACCCCGAAGCCGCCUCGACAGAGGCCCAGCUUACCUCCUCCUCAGCCCCCCAGCACGCCGGGCACCAGCCCCCAGCCUCUGGACCAUUCCACAGGCCUCCUGGACGGUUUGUCUCCUGGGGAAAGCAUGUCCACAGAUUCUCUCUGCAACUUGGACAUCCCCAUCAUUGACGUGGACCUGGACUGUAUUUUUGACUUGCCCCACAUCGCCCCCUUCAGGAACUCAGUGGCACCGUUUGAGUCGUCCAACGACAGAGCCGAGUCGGAGGAAGAGUCCGAGAGUACAGUGCUAUGACGCCACUGAGUCCCCCUUCCUCCCUCCCCCCCCACCCGUCAGCUGAUUAAAUGAAAACCCAAACGCUACCGCUGCACCGUCUCGCUCGGCAAACACCAACAACAACAACAACACUCCACACGCUCAAUCGUUGACCUUUCACCUCUCCAGCUGGAUUUCUUCAGCCUCCCUCUGGACCUCAUCCUCACACCUCACCUGCACUCCAUCCAGAGAGGUCGACUGGUAAAAACAUUUUCGAGAAUAACAAAAAAAACACGCACCUAAAAGAAAUCCUGAUCUCAUGAGGCGUUAGCGACAGUAUUGUCAGGGGACUUUUGAUCGGACACACAAUUUGACAUUUUAAUGUUGGCUCUUUUUAUUUAAUGUUUCAUGUUUCUUUCUGCCUUAUUUUGAUUCACUUGCAAUAUUGCCUUUAACUUCGCACACGAGACUGGAAGGAACGAGCGCUCUUUGCUGCUGCCGCUGCUUCUCGUGAGUUCAUUUUAGAGAAGGAAGGAUAACAGUACUGUACAUCUGUCCUGCCAACACUUUCUCUUUCUGUUUAUCUCCCACCAUCCUUCAUUCCUCAGGGGUAUCAGUUGAAAUGCCUCGCUGAGGCAUGUGGUGGCAACAACCCCCCCCUGAAUUUCUGUCCCACCUGAGCGUUCACUGUGAGUGUGCCAGUAUGUCGUUUUGGAAAGUGUGUGUGUGUGUGUGUGUGUGUGUGUGUGUGUGUGUGUGUGUGUGUGUGUGUGUGUGUGUGUGUGUGUGUGUGUGUGUGUGUGUGUGUGUGUGUGUGUGUGUUUAUAUGUGUUUGGUAAUUGUACUUUAUGAUGUUGCACUGUUUGGCGUCGUGGAGCAUAAACAGGAAUGCAUGUUUUAGAGAUUUAGGAAAAUAACUCCCAGGUUGCAAAGAGGUUAAACGCUCAAUCCCACAAUCAGGAUAUGAAUCACUGAAUAUUUAUUGUUUAUAUUGUACAUUUUCAGAAUAUAUGAUACAAUUAACAUUUUAAAUCAAAUCAGAUCAUAUUUUGUAUCUACAGGAGAGCUAUGAAGACACAGUUUCUGCCAGAUAGAAUUGAGUAGAUGCUGCCAGGGAGCUGUUGAACACAUGAGAUACAUAGUUUAUGAAAGGUACAAAAUGCAAAAGGUCUAGUAAGCUGGGGAAUUAACACCUCCAUGUGAUUACACAUGAUUAUUUUGGCAGCAAGCUUACAAGUUUACGUGGGAUUUUUCAUUUUCCCAUGUCGAGUGAUUUUCGUGAACGUGGAGCUGAAUCCGCAGAGAGACUUUGAUGCCUGAAGUGUGCCAACAGAACAUAUGCUCGAAUUAAUAAUUAUUAAUAAUUGUCCAGCUGUUUUGUAUUGGCUGGAGUGUGGCCAAUCGGAGCUCCUGUUGCUGCUCUGAGGGUUGAACUUUCUUUAAAGGUGCCCUGUGCAGUUUUCUUAUAAAUGAACAAAAGUUAUGUUUACAUUCAGUGUUUCAAGAGAACAAAUAUCUUGAAUGUAUUUUCUUCCCCAUAAAACAUUUGCAAAGCAGAAUUUAAAAAAAAAACAAAAAAAAUCUUUUGAAUGGUGCAUUGUUUACAUGAUCCGAGUUUGGUAGCUUGCAGUCUUUUACUUCUCUGCUUUUGAGGGCUCGUUGCUAUACUUCCUUGCACAUUACUGCCACCAACUGUGGAUCGGCAGAAUAGCACGGAAUCGGCAGCAGGAUGUAACUUUUGUCCCACCGAAAUUGCAUCACCCACUCGGACCGUUGCUCCAUAGCGCUGCUAGUGGUCAAAACUCCACAGGAUACCUUUUAAAGGUGCAAUAUGUAAUAUUGUAUGUAAUACUGGCAGCUAGCGGUUAAAAUAGUUACUGCACUACCAAUUCAAAAUACUGGAGAGUCUUUCCCCCCCCCCCCUCCU